AUGUCCGUCUACAACACCGUCUACCAGGCCGUCUUCAAGAGGAACUCGGUCUUCGUCGGAACCAUCUUCUUCGGUGCAUUCGCCUUCGGCAUCGGCUUCGACGUCGCAACACAGAAGUGGUGGGACGCCCACAACCGCGGCAAACAAUGGAAGGACAUCCGAUCGAAGUACCUCUCUGAGGACUCCGAGUAA